GAACUGAGGACAAUCCUCCUCCAUUUGGACACUUUUCUGCGCAAUCGAGGGACAUCCUGAGAGCAAACAAUACCUAUCCAACCUGUCAGAAGGAGACCAAAACCUGCAUUGUAGCUGCAAAAGAAGAAAAUAUUUGAAAGGAGAGUCUACAAGUCAGACAAAAGCCACUGCCCUGAGCUGUUUGUCUCCUGAGAUGUACAGAUGACAUUAGCUAAGCCUCUGACUCUUUGCUCUCCAGUCAACCCAUUGUACCAGUUAUACAUAUUUUCUCGCCACCCCCACCACACACACAAAUAAAAAACAUUUUUAUAACAAAAUCUGUGAAAUAUUGGAUAUCCACAACGUUCAGCAUAAUGUGAAAAUGUAAAUCAAGAUGAUGAGUGAAGUGCAUUCUGCUAAUAGCAGAUGCCGGUCAACAGUCUUCUGUUUCAAAUUGAUCUUACGUUAAUUAAAUUAUUUCGAUAAAUAAAGAAAUCAUAGGAUAUGUAGUAAGUCUAUGGAUUGUUAAUUUAUUUGAGACUUUUAUGCAUGGCUACACUUUUCCUCCUAUUUUUUUUAUACUUUAACAAUUCACCCUUUUAGAAAUUAGGUGGAGAGACCUACUUAGCAGUAGCUACGCUCAAAAGGUUGCAACCAAACCACCACAUAAUACGAGCAUCGUAAAGUAAAAACUUCUUCUUCAACCAAUGUCCCUUUGGAGAAGAUGAAAGGGCAGUGGAAUAAGAAUUGUGAUAUUUUUCUCGUAUCUUUAACAAUCCUUCAAGCUCCCUACAUUACCAUUUGUUAUCUCAUAUUUAUCAUAUACAUUAGUAACACCUGUUUUACUUAACAGCUUGUAAUUAGCCCCAUCGAAACGAUAUGCUGAAGCCACAACAAAACCAUCCGACAUGUAAAGGGAAGUCUGUUAUUGUUCAAUCACAAGAAAUUAACAAAAUAGUUCUGGGGUAUCGCCAGCCUAAGUAAGGUAACCCAUUGCCCCAAUGACACACAAAACAUAACCACCCCACAGUUGUUAAUUAAAUAGGAAUAGUAAAUUGGUAUCUUACAAAAUAUGUUAGAUUUUUUUCGAUGUUAAAUUAAUAAUAAAUAUCAGCAUAACGCCUACAUGUUUUUGCUUCCGUUGAGGGAAAUGUAGGAUACAGAAACCAAUAGCCUAAUUCAGUCGGAAAAUAUUAGAUGAAACCUCGGACAAAUCUAAAUAAAACUAUAUUGAAGACAUCACAGUUUCAGUCAAUGGUCAUGGAAAGAAGCCUGGGAAUGUGUUAACGUCAUUAGGCUAAUUCAAUUGGCUAAUUCAAUUCACAGCUACAUGUUCAGACUUCAAUUUCAAACAGAAGUCUGAUCGUCAGACAAGAGACAUAGGGUCUGCCUGGUGUUAAUCCUAUUCAAGUCAUUUUAUUAUCCUACAGUGAGUGUUGCACAAACAUAAUGUCAAAUUCGAUGGGAAACUAUCGAUAUUAACAUGUAAUAUGCUAUAUUUACCAUGAAUGGUACGUUUACAACAGUUUCUCUUUCCUAUAUAAUUUUUUAUUUUGGAAAUGCACUUUAUUUUUGGCCUGAAAUGCACUUAAUUCAGUUAGAUUUUUAAAAUAAAUUAAUUUACUUUUUGGCAUAUUUGUAACUGAAAAAAUAUGUAUGAGGACGGCUGAUGGCAUUGAUAAAACUGGUGGCCUACAAUAAAUUAAUAGUUAAGGAUCUGUACAGAACCUAACAUUAUAGAUCGUAUUGUGAUAACAAAUAGUAGGCAAAGUGAAAUAUGAGAGAUUCUAGUUUCUAGUAUCCUCCGCAUCAGAACAAAACUGUGAAAUUCAAAUGAAAUUUCAUUAUUCGUCUCUCACCAUAGAAAUGAUUGGUUUGAGAUACGUUAUAGACAGGCUAUUUAGCGCCUUUAAGAAACCGUUAAAAGGAACACCGUUGUUCUCCUUUGAUGGGAUUUGGUGCGAGUGAAAGCGAGGAAUUUUGAACGGAACUGUCAAUCACCGCGGUUAAGAACCGCCCAUGACUGGAUAGGGGUAUAUUUAGAGCUGGUGAGGGUGCACAUUACUGUCAUUCAAGCUCUGAUAGUCAGGACGUAAGGAUGCCUGCGUCACAAACAGGCAACUUCUUUGAGAGAAAUAUCAACAUGCCCCCUGGAUAUCAGAUACCGUUUUUGGGAGGUCCAGCUGGGGUACAACAGCAACAAGCCCCUUAUCUUGCUGCGAUGGCUGGGGUACCUUUGGCAUAUUCCGGACUACAAGGAUACAAAUUAAUCCCCUAUCCACACCACAGAUACAUUGCGAACAUGAACAACUCUUUCGACCUGAAAGCUGUCUCUCCAUAUCAUCAAGCGCUCCUCGGCCGAGGAGGUCCAUUCUACCCGCAAUACCGACCAGGAGCAACCGAUGACCUGAUCAGAGUCGCCAAGGUGGCUACCCGGGAAAGCACCAGCGCGCUCAAGGCCUGGUUGAACGAGCAUCUUAAGAACCCGUAUCCCACGAAGGGUGAGAAGAUCAUGCUUGCUAUUGUAACCAAGAUGAGCCUCACGCAGGUUUCCACUUGGUUUGCCAACGCCAGGCGACGACUGAAGAAGGAUAAUAGGGUAAACUGGGCGUCCAAGGGGAAAUCUGACGAGGAGGGCGAGAGCGACGAGGAGGAGGGCGAGGGCUCUCUGCAGAAAAUCCGUUUGGACGACGAAGAUGAGAUAGAUCCUCCAACCGUAGAUGACAAUGAGGAUAUUGGACAUAGAGUAUCCAACUCAACGACAGAGCCGGUGGAUGAGCGCCUUGUGAAACAGUCAAACGACGACAAUAGAGCUGGUAGGCACGCGGAAAAUGUGGUAAAGAAUGACACAGAACGCAAAUCAUUUCCAGCUAAUCUGGAAAGUAAAGAUAACGUUGAGUGUCAAAAACCCAAAAUAUGGUCUUUGGCAGAAACGGCGACAUCGGAAACGGGGAAAAAGCCGCAGUACACUGCUUGUCAUCCUGGAACACAAGUUGGCAAAUUCUGGGCAGAAUGGGCAUCAAGGAACGGACUGUACAUUCCCGUAUACCCUGCUCACGAUAUUCUAUAACAGAGCAUUUACUAUUUAAAACAGUGAAGGACACAUUUUUACAUCUUAUGCACUUUAAAAUACCAAAUUCCAUGGCGUGGGUCUACUUUUUGACGUUUAAACGUGGACUAAUUUGCUAGGAAAAUGCUAGGUAUAUGUUUGUUAGGCUACUUGUAAGACCAACGACUCUUACAGAACAUGUUAUGUUUUGUGUACAUAUGUGUAUAUAUAUUUUCGAUGAACAAUCUGUAAAUUCUUAUUUCAUUUGUCUUAUCACAAAAAAAUAUUUUGCUAAAA